CUAGCCCCUCGGGAGGGGGAAGGGGGGAAGUGCACCGCAUCAAGUGAUGUGAGGGAGGCGCGGACAAUGCGAAGAUCCAUCAAGGCCGAGGGAUGCUCUGGGGCCCAACCAACGCAUCCGGCCAACAACGAUGGCUCCAGGUUUAUCAACCGCGCCAGCGCCACCCUCAAGCAGUAUCCGGUUCUCCGGUUCUUCGUUUUCUUGAUCCUAUCGAUGAUAGCCCCCCUUGGAAUGAAGGCGUAAUUAGAGAAUAGGAUCUGGCCUCUCAUGUUCCUUGCCGUUUCAGCCAGGGCCGGAGUGGUCGCGAGUUCCGGUUUUCUGGAGCUAACAGGGCGAAUAUCUCAGCCACCGUCGGAAUCUUGUUGUUCUACCAACAACGUAGGAAUAGGAGAUGUUCUUAUUAAGAAGACAAUCUUUCGAUAUAAAUUCUGCUUGACUGGACGCCUUGCUCUCAAAUCGUACUUGAACAACUGGCAAACAUUCUCCAAGCUCUCCGUCUCUGUUUUCUGUCCCUCUUUCCGCUCGCUUCUCAUUUUCCUUCUCGUCCAGAAUAGCCUCGUUUUCCCUUCCGUCAAGGUUGCAAGUUACGUUUAAAUCAUGUCGUCUUGUGGCCAGAACAAGACGGGGGGCAGCCGCUCCAAGUGUCCGGACUGCGACAAGACGUCUUGUAACUGUGGUUCGCCGCUUGCACCAAGGCCAAGUUCGAAAAGUCACAACCCGCAAGGGCGCGUGCCUCUCCCUCCGGGUGUUCAGCCCAGAAACACCGCCCUUCCUUCUGCGAGCAGAGGGGCAA